AUGCUAUCUACAUAUACUCCCCUUACACAGAUCUCACCCCUCCAUUUCUCGUGCAGUCAUCAUGGAAGAAUUCCAACAGGGUCUCCUUUACUAUCAGUCCCAGCAAGGUUAGGACCUGAGGAGUAUGUGGAGACAGACUAUGAGUACAAGAAAUCUGAUGAGGAGAUGGAAGAAGUAGGGGACAUUGAGGAAGUCCCUAGCGAGCCUUACUCUCCAGAGAUGAUACAUGACCAUCUCGCAACACCAGAGGAUCCAACUGACCGGAUGCGUUCCUUGGAGGAGGAGGUUGCAACCCUUAAACAUUAA